CGAACACCUCUAGUUUUUAGUAUAAAACUCUUCUUUCUGUCAUUGUCUAUGCUUACUUGUGAAUGGCGAUUGUUUCGCUGCCAUUUUCUUUGAAUUUUAUCAGAAAAGUCUAAUUUGAGAAAAGCAACAUGCCAGAGAUGAUCAAAUCGCCCGCCGACAUCAAAACCGCUCCUUUUGACCCGCGGUUCCCUAACACGAACCAGACAAGGCACUGCUACCAGAGUUAUCUGGACUUCCACCGCUGUCAAAAGGUCCGCGGAGAGAAGUACGAAGCCUGCCAAUACUUCAAGAGAGUCUACAAAUCCCUCUGCCCCAACGAAUGGGUGGACAAGUGGGACACCCAGAGGUCCGAGGGUACCUUCCCGGGGAAGAUUUGAAUAUUCCAAAAUUAUUUAUUGCAAUUUAAUUAUGUUUAACUAGGUCUGUGCGUGAUAUAGGCAAAUAAAUGAGUUGAUUUAA